CUCGCUGCAGCUUCCGAUAACCCGCCAACAGUUCGAUCAAUUAAAGAAAGAUUGCUUAGCCCAAUCACUAUCGGAUGACGAUCGCCCGCAAAACGGGAAUCCAGAUGAGUCCACCCCCAACUCCACCUACUCCACUCCACCUCAUUCAUCCUCCUCUGACCUUCGUACCGUUCCCAUUGUCAACUCUGCGAGACUGGAGAUCCAUCUCUGCUAGUCCAAGAUCUCGAAAUCUGAUUCUUGCCUGUGAGAAGAUCCGGCAAGGAAAGCUUUUUCCUGUUUCCAGACUUAUUGGAAAUAGAGCACCCGGGCGUGAUCCAUAUCUGUCCAUUUGGUUAUAUUACUUUUAGCUUGAUAUUUUUCAUAACACAAGGAAAUUCAUCAGAAAUUCAUCAUUACCUUGUGUGACUUGAAGUGAAGCUCCAUGGGUUCAAGGUUUCCAUCACAUCAGUUGAGCAAUGGUCUAUAUGUUUCUGGUCGACCAGAGCCGCCAAAGGAGAAGGGCCCAACCAUGAGUUCCACAGCCAUACCUUACACAGGUGGGGAUAUUAAAAAAUCUGGAGAACUUGGAAAAAUGUUUGACAUUCCUGUUGAUAAUACAAGAACCAGAAAGUCGGGGCCUAUCACUAAUGCUCCCACAAGGACAGGGUCAUUUGGAGGUUCAUCUGUAGUUACUGGUGGUUCAGGUAGGCAGAAAUCCCAUUCCGGACCACUUAAUAAACAAGGCGAACCAGUGAAGAGGUUUUCUGGGCCUCAAACUGUAGGUGUUACCCCUCUGUCUCGGCAAAAUUCCGGCUCCAUUAACCCAGUGCUUCCUACAACUGGGCUUAUCACAUCUGGCCCUAUUUCCUCAGGUCCAUUGACUUCUGCUGGCACUCCUCGGAAAAAGUCUGGUCCUCUGGACUCCUCUGGUGCAGCUAAGAUACAGAAAGCAUCCAUUGCAACUAACCAAGCUAUCACGAAGCUCAAUCAGGAUGAAAAGUAUUCUCUUAAAAAGCGCUUCCCGAAGAACUUGUUUUGGAGAGCUGUUAAAGGAUUUGUUGAUCGAUUCCCAGAUGCAGAACUUCGAACAGCGAAAGAUGGUCAAUAUGUUAAGGUUUCAGGGGUUGUUACCUGUGGGAAUGUUCCUCUUCAGUCGUCUUUUCUGAAAAUUCCUAGAUGCGUGUACUCAUCUACAUGUUUAUAUGAAUAUAGAGGUUGGGACUCAAAGUCUGCUAAUUCUAAGCAUCGGAGAUUUACCUGGGGAUUAAGAUUUGCAGAGAGGCAUGUUGUCGACUUCUACAUCUCUGAUUUUCAAUCUGGGUUAAGAGCAUUGGUCAAGACAGGUUAUGGUGCAAGUGUGACCCCUUAUGUUGAUGAGACAAUAGUUGCAGAUGUGGAUACUAGCAAGAGAGAAGUAUCGGCGGAAUUCUUUAAGUGGUUGAGGGAGAGGAACCUUUCAAUUGAUGGGCAUGUGAUGCACCUAAAAGAGGGGUACAUCAAAGAGGGAAGCACAAUCAGUGUGAUGGGAAUUGUUCGCAGAAAUCAUAAUGUUCUCAUGAUCAUGCCUCCCUCUGAACCAUUCUCCACAGGUUGCCAGUGGAUGAGCUGCAUACAACCAGCAACCAUAGAAGGCAUCGUUCUGAGAUGUGAAGAUACUUCCAAUACUGAUGCUAUACCAGUUUAGCAUUAUGUGCCUCUUUUUUCUUUUUACAAUUUGUUUUAAGAUGGGUGUAAUAUAUAAAAAAUCAAUUAAUUUUUAUUUUGCACCCAUCUUAUUAUGUUCGCUCAAUUUGUUUUCUUAUUUCUUCCAUUUUUUCUCGUCUUAGAUAUUCUCCUGUUUUAUAUGUUUGCAGGGACUUGCAAACAUAUAAUAGAGGAGAAUAUCUGAGAUAAAAAAGAUUCAUGCGGUCGAUCUCACUCAGUGAGAUAAAGGCUUGUUGUUGUUGUUGUUGUUGUUGUUGUUGUUGAGGCAACUCAUAACAAAGCUUGAGGGAAAGGUAUUUUGAUGCUUCCUACUUAUCAUGCUAA